AAAAAUCAAACCUUUUCGUUCAUUAUCUUAAGUACAUCUUCUUAAGAUUUCUGAGUUUGUUAUGUCUCCUCCAGCAUUGAUUGUGUUUGAAGAUGGUUUAACCCAGAAAUGGAGCAACGACGAUUGGCAGGGUUUCAGCGUUUAUCCCGGAGAAAACCCUAACCCUAAUAUUAAUUUCUUGGUGAAGAAGGCGGCUCUGCAGAACCAGAUGACCGUCUCUCGCCCAUCAGUGAACGACGAAAGCUUCAGAAUGGUCUUACCUCUUGCGAUGUCUCCGCCAAGAGACAACGCUGUGCCUCUUCCUGUUCUUCCCGAGCCGAUGAUGAGACCACGGAAGAAGCUUAGCCACCAAGAAUCAAUGCUUUCUCUACGAAAAUCUAGGUAUCCAGAGAAAAACUUCUACCAAGAAGAAGAAAAUUUCAAGUGCAAUGCCUUCUGUUUAUCCUUCCCUGGGUUUGGAAAAAAACUUGUGAGAUCACCAAAAAGCGAGGAUUCUAUAAAGAAGAAAAUGAUCAAAGCGUCAUCAUUCUCAAAUUCCACUGUCUCACUAAGUGCCUCGCUCGAGAAAUUCGAAUGUGGCUCAUGGGCUUCAACGACAGCUCUAACCCGUGAAAACGGCAGAUUGUAUUUCGAUCUACCGGUGGAGAUGAUCAAAUGUGGAGGUGGAGAUGUACAAGAACCAGUGAGUUCUGGUUUCUUCUUUGACAAGGAAACAGGAAGUCUAGCUUUGAGAAGCGUUCUAAAGAAAAGCAGUUCUCUGUCGGGAAGACAACUAAGGGAUUCGGCGGAGACAUCCCCGCAACGCCGUGUCAGAUUCUCGACCACAACCUCGGAUUCGUGCCCAGCUUCGCCGCGAACAUGUAUUACCCCAAGACUGUUGAAAGCUAGAGAUGACUUCAAUACAUUCUUAGCAGCACAAAACGCGUGAAACACACACAAAACAAAAACAGAGCACUAAGACUUUGUAAUAAUAUAUGUUCGUAUCU